ACUUUUUCAGACUUUCUUCUAUUAGUUCUUGUUUCCAUUAUUAGAUCGAAUAUGUAUCCGUUUUUGGCCACACAACAAUAUAUUAAUGAAAUGCUAAGAUUAGCUGGACCUGGAAUGAAAAUAAUUUUAAUGGAUAAAGAAACGACUACAAUUGUUUCAUGUGCAUAUACUCAAAGCGAAAUGAUGCUAAAGGAAGUGUUUUUGUUUGAACGACUAGAUUCUGGAAUUAUUAGAGAAACGAUAAAAUUUCUAAAAUGUAUAGUUUUUGUUCGGCCAACACCCGAAAAUAUCAAACUUUUAUCUGAUGAAUUAAAAUCUCCUAAAUAUGCGCAAUAUUAUUUAUACUUUUCAAACAUAAUCUCCAAAGCUGAUCUUAAAACGUUGGCUGACUCUGACGAGCAGGAAACUGUUAGAGAAGUUCGUGAAUUCUACGCUGAUUUCAUUCCUAUUUCUCCAUAUUUUGUCACACUUGACAUUCCAAAUCCAUACACUUCUCAACGAUUUUUAUUUUCGUCGUCGGCAUUUAGGCGAUGUUUACAAGCUUUAACAGCACUUUGCCUUUCUUUAAAUAAAAAACCUUCAAUUAGAUAUCAAAAAACAUCAAGCGACGCCCAAAGAUUAGCAGAGGAAUUAAUAAAACAACAAUCAAAGGAUGUAACAUUAUUUGAACAGUGUAAAACUGACGCCGUUUUGAUUAUUUUUGACAGAAGCGAAGAUCCUGUUUCUCCACUUUUGAAUCAAUGGACUUAUGAAGCAAUGGUUCAUGAAUUAAUUGGGAUGCAUAACAAUCGUGUAAAAUUAGGGAAUGAUGCUAAGGAUGAACAGAAGAAUUUAAUUUUGAGUUCCCAUCACGACGAAUUUUAUUCAAAGGUUUGUAUGAUACGUUGUUCAUAUAUGACUGACAUAAGUCUCAAAAUUGGGGUUUCCGGGUACUGGGAAUUCUUCUGA